AUCUUAAAGCAGCCUUAUAAAAUUGGCGAGCUAAGAACUUUAAUUAUUUUGAUAUGAUGCAUGGGCAUUGACGAGUAGGACAACCCAAUCCAUAAAAUGAGUUUGAAUCUUCCUUCGCGACGCCUACUAAGGUCAGGUAAGUACAGGGCAAAUUAUGAAUAUCAUCACUGCUGAUUAGCUCGCAGCUGCACCUCUUACGACGUCACGUCCGCCCAUCACCUUCCUCAUCCCAUUAUACACAAGCCAGCGAAGAUCACUAUGGGACAACUUUUCAAAGCGUCUCGACAGUGCAAGGAGGAUGUUCUCACCAAAUAAAGCCCCCAGCGAUCCUUUGACAGAAGAAUUUCUAAUGAAGAAAAAGGACGCGCAGCGGCAAAACCCCGAGCGAGGGAAUCUCUCAAAAUCGUCCAUCUUUGAAGAUGAAGAUUCGGGGAGCAAACGAGAUGAGAAGACCAAAGGUCCACCUAGGAAUCCCGAAAUAAUGGCCAGAGCACUCGACCCAUACCCUAAUGCCACACUUCGAUGGAAAAGGAAGAUGGUAAUACAGGAGGUCAAGAAACGAGGGCGUUUGACGAAGGAACAAACAUUGAAGAGAACGGAAAGGGUGCUAUUAUCAAAGAGUCAUGAUUUCAAGACUUCGGUGAAGAAAUUGGUUCCUUUGGCUAAACAGAUUGCGGGCAAGACCGUAGAGGACGCGAUUAUUCAGAUGAGAUUCUCGAAGAAGAAGGUUGCAAAGGACGUCAAGGAGCAUUUGGAGCAUGCAAGGAACGAGGCCAUUGUGAAGAGGGGUAUGGGAUUAGGGAAGCUUGAAAGGAAGUCUACUGAGAAUUUCAAGACGCGAUAUAUUGUGACUAAGGAUGGAAAGAGGGUUAAGGUGGAAGAUCCAACUGCAUUGUAUGUUGACGAGGCUUGGUGUGGAAAAGGAGAUUGGGGCAAAAGUUACGAUUUCAGAGCAAGAGGAAAUGUUAACAUUAUGAAGAACAGAACAACGAGUAAGUCUUGUAUCUCCUGUAAGGGUAUUUUCAGGCUAACAUAAUUAGGUAUUUCGCUUGUCCUGAAAGAGGAGAAAACUCGCAUUAGACUUCAUGAGGAACGGGAGGAGAAGUUAAAGAACAAAAAGGUCUGGGUCCAAUUGCCGAAUAGACCUGUGACUGCCCAAAGGCAGUACUAUUCAUGGUAAUGUUGAUGUAUAAAUCACUUUGGCCUGUAUAUUACAAGAUUAUCAAAGAUCAUUUGGCGAUGUUAUCAAAUGAUCAAUAUGAAGACGAGUUGUGAUGAAAUGUUUUGGUGGUAGCACCGUUAAAUUAACACACAA